GGAGGAGAAAAAGACUGUUUUGUCAGACGCUGAGAGAACCGGAGAACCAUAACGGCCGUGGAACGCAUUCUAUCCAGUGUUUUUAACUUAUCCGGCAGGAUGACUGUCAGCUUAUGAGAAGCGAAGGAGCGGAUAUUCAAUAAAAAUCGUGAGGAGCAGGACAGUGCUCAGUGAGGCUGGGAAGACAGCAGUAUGGCAGUCUUCACUCAACUGGGUUUACUGCUGUGGAAAAACUUCACCUACCGACGGAGACAGACGAUUCAGCUGCUGAUUGAAAUUGUCUGGCCCCUGUUCAUCUUCUUCAUUCUGAUAUCAGUACGAAUACAUUAUCCACCCUACGAGCAACAUGAAUGCCACUUCCCAAACAAGGCCAUGCCUUCGGCAGGUACUCUGCCCUGGGUACAAGGCAUCAUCUGUAACGCCAACAAUCCCUGCUUCCGUAACCCGACACCUGGAGAGAGCCCUGGGAUCGUUGGCAAUUUCAAUGACUCUAUAAUCUCUCGUCUGUUCAUCGAUGCUAAGAAGAUCCUGCUCUACACUCAGAAUGAUAAGAGCUAUGAAGGCUACAAGGGACUGCUGAGGGCGUUAAGGAAGCUGCAGAAGAACACUGCUCGUUUCAAGCUGAAGGACUUUUUGAGAGACAACGAGACGCUUUCCCACUUUCUGCACCACAACGCAUCUCUUCCCCAUCACGCACUGAAACAGAUUGUGGAGGCUGACGUGAACCUGGAGAAGGUGCUCACCAAAGGAUUUGGCUUCCACCUCAGAGACCUCUGUAACACCACCCCGCUGGAGGAGUUUGUUCACAUUGCUGACCGCAACGUUUCCCGUCUGACUCAAGAAAUAAUCUGCAAGUCCUCCAGCGACUGGUUGAACAAGGCUCAGAGCCAUUUCUUGUCCAAUUUGGACUUUCUCAAACCCAUUCGGAGGGACGUGAAAUCAGACCCGAAAAUUGUCCAAGAAGUCUCAGCUGCAACCGACAAUCUUCUGGCGAGCCUGGGAGCACUGGCCGUGGAGCUUGCUGGUAUGAAGAGUUGGAAGGACAUGCGAAAAGAGAUCCUUUACUUAACUGCUAAUGCCACUGGAUCCCCGAACCAGAUGUACCAGGCCGUGUCACGUAUCGUCUGUGGGCACCCUGAGGGAGGCGGCCUCAAAAUCAAGUCUCUGAACUGGUAUGAAGACAACAACUACAAGGCCCUGUUUGGAAACCACGGCAAUGAUAGUGACAGUGAACCUAUCUCCACUUACGACAACUCUUCCACUCCCUAUUGUAACAACAUGAUGAAGAGCCUGGAGUCCAGUCCUAUUUCCAGGAUGAUCUGGAGAGCCCUGAAACCUCUUCUCGUGGGAAAGAUCCUGUACACUCCAGAUACUCCAGCAACACAGAGGAUCAUCCAUGAGGUUAAUAAGACCUUCCAGGAGCUGGGAGUGCUGAGAGAUCUCGGGGGAAUGUGGGAAGAAAUGAGGCCCAAAGUUUGGAACUUCAUUGAGAACAGUGAGGAAAUGGACAUGGUCAGGACCCUGCUCCAGAAUAAUGCCAGUGCUGCGUUUCUAAACGCGCAGCUCAGGGGAACUGAGUGGACUGCGUCAGAUGUGGCAGCUUUCCUGUCAAAGGCCUCAGAGGACCAGAGACCCACAGGAUCAGCCCAUACAUGGAGGGACGUCUUCAAUGAAACCGACCAGGCCAUACAGACUAUUUCGCGUUUCAUGGAGUGUGUGAAUCUGGACAAGCUGGAGCCAGUAGCCAAUGAAGAGCGACUGGUCAACAAGUCCAUGGGUCUUCUCGAUAACCAGAAGUUCUGGGCUGGUAUUGUGUUCCCCGACAUCUCUCAUGGCGAUGGCGCCGACCUGCCACCCAACGUCAACUACAAAAUCCGCAUGGACAUCGACAAUGUUGAGAGGACAAACAAGAUCAAAGAUGGUUAUUGGGACCCUGGUCCCAGGGCAGACCCUUUUGAGGACCUUCGGUACGUCUGGGGUGGAUUUUCUUACUUACAGGAUGUCAUUGAACAAGGAAUCAUCAGAGCCGUCACUGGCACCAAAGAGAAAACCGGCAUCUACAUUCAACAGAUGCCGUAUCCCUGCUAUGUGGACGACAUUUUCCUCCGAGUGAUGAGCCGCUCCAUGCCUCUCUUCAUGACCUUGGCAUGGAUGUACUCCGUGGCGAUCAUUAUCAAGGGCGUGGUGUACGAGAAGGAGGCACGGCUCAAGGAGACCAUGAGAAUCAUGGGACUGAACAACGGCAUUCUGUGGCUGAGCUGGUUUAUCAGCAGUUUAAUCCCACUCCUGAUCAGUGCUGGCUUGUUGGUGAUGCUCUUGAAGAUGGGCAACCUGCUGCCGUACAGUGACCCAGGCGUGGUGUUUCUUUUCCUGGGAUCCUUCGGCGUGGUAACCAUCAUGCAGUGCUUUCUCAUCAGCACCCUGUUUUCUCGCGCCAACUUGGCAGCGGCCUGCGGUGGCAUCAUAUACUUCACUCUCUACCUGCCGUACGUGCUGUGUGUUGCCUGGCAAGACUACGUCGGCUUCGGAGCAAAAGUCAUAGUGAGUCUGUUGUCUCCUGUGGCAUUUGGUUUUGGCUGUGAGUAUUUCGCCCUGUUCGAGGAGCAAGGUGUUGGAAUCCAGUGGUCAAACUUACUCGCCAGCCCUCUGGAGGAAGACAGCUACAAUCUGACCACCUCUAUCUGCCUCAUGCUGUUCGACGCCGUGCUGUACGGGGUCAUGACCUGGUACAUUGAGGCCGUGUUUCCUGGUCAGUAUGGCAUCCCCAGACCUUGGUACUUCCCUUUUACUCGAACAUACUGGUGUGGAGAGAAAGAAAACAAACUUUCCACCCUGAUGUCAAAGAAAGGCAAUGCUGAUGCGGUCUGCAUUGAGGAGGAGCCCGGCCACAUUGAUCCAGGCGUUUACAUCGAGAAUCUGGUGAAGGUCUACAGCCACGGGAACAAGCUGGCUGUGGAUGGACUCACUCUGAGAUUUUAUGAGGGACAGAUCACCUCCUUCCUUGGCCACAAUGGAGCUGGCAAGACCACAACAAUGUCAAUCCUCACAGGGCUGUUCCCCCCCACCUCUGGCACAGCUUACAUCCUUGGCAAAGACAUCCGCAAUGAGCUCAGCACCAUUCGGCAGAACCUUGGUGUCUGUCCUCAGCACAACGUUCUUUUCAGCAUGUUGACGGUGGAGGAGCACAUCUGGUUCUAUGCCCGUCUGAAGGGGCUCCCGGAGGAGAAGGUGAAGGCUGAAAUGGAACAGAUUGUGAAUGACGUCGGACUGCCUCACAAACGUCAAUCCCGCACCAGCACUUUGUCCGGCGGGAUGCAGAGGAAGCUGUCAGUUGCUUUGGCUUUUGUUGGCGGCUCAAAGGUUGUGAUCCUGGACGAACCCACGGCUGGGGUUGAUCCCUAUGCUCGCAGAGGAAUCUGGGACCUGCUUCUCAAAUACAGACAAGGUCGCACCAUCAUCCUUUCCACUCAUCACAUGGAUGAGGCCGACAUCCUGGGCGACCGCAUCGCUAUCAUUUCCCACGGCAAGCUCUGCUGCGUUGGCUCCUCCCUCUUCCUGAAGACCCAGCUGGGCACAGGCUACUACCUCACCCUGGUCAAACGAGACUAUGACCUGACGCUGCAGUCCUGCAGAAACUCAGCCAGCACAGUGUCCUACAGCAAGAAAACAGAGAAGGAGGACAGUGUAUCAGAAAGUAGUUCAGACGCUGGCCUCGGGAGUGAACCAGAAAGUGAAACCACCACUAUUGAUGUCUCCCUCAUCUCCAAUGUGAUUUUCAAGCACGUCCCAGAGGCCCGCCUGGUGGAGGAUCUUGGACACGAGCUCACCUAUGUGUUGCCUUACCAGUCUGCUAAAGAUGGAGCCUUUGUGGAACUCUUCCAUGAGCUCGAUGACCGUCUGACCGACCUGGGAAUAUCAAGUUAUGGAAUAUCUGAUACCACCCUCGAAGAGAUUUUCCUGAAAGUGGCUGAAGACAGCGGAGUGGACUCUGUUGAGCUUUCAGAUGGAGUGGUACCGACCAGGACUCGUCGCCGUCAUGCGUUUGGUGACCACCAGAGCUGCCUGAAGCCGUUCACUGAGGAUGACUUUGACUUCAACGACUCUGAAGGUGACCCAGAAUCCCGUGAGACCGACUGGCUCAGUGGAACAGAUGGCAAAGGUUCAUACCAGGUUAAAGGAUGGAGUCUGAAGAGACAGCAGUUUGUUGCACUGCUCUGGAAGCGAUUCCUCUACGCUCGGCGCUCCAGAAAAGGCGUCUUUGCUCAGAUUGUUCUUCCAGCGGUGUUUGUGUGUAUCGCUCUGGUGUUCAGCCUGAUUGUACCACCGUUCGGAAAGUACCCCAGUCUGGCUCUGGAUCCUGGCAUGUAUGGAGAACAGUUUACCUUUAUCAGCAACGACAUGCCUGAAGACCCUCAUAGCAACAAACUGCUGAGUGCUCUGACAGACAAGCCGGGCUUUGGAACACGCUGCAUGGAAGGAGAGCCCAUCCUAGACACUCCGUGCAAUGCAGUUGAAGACGAUUGGAAGAUUCCUCAAGUGCCUCAAAGUGUGAGGGACAUGUUUGACAAAGGCAACUGGACCAUGGAGGACCCUUCUCCGCUGUGUGAGUGCAGCUGUGGAGGUCGGAAAAGGAUGCUACCCGAAUGCCCAGCAGGAGCCGGAGGACUUCCUCCACCACAGAUGAAGAUCAGUGACAAAGACACCCUGCAAAAUUUGACGGGCAGGAACGUGUCAGACUAUCUGGUUAAAACCUACGCGCAGAUCAUUGGCAAGAGCCUGAAGAACAAGAUUUGGGUCAACGAGUUCAGAUACGGCGGAUUCUCACUGGGUGCCAGAAGUUCACAGCUUCUGUCCCAUAAAGAUGGCGUCGACGAUGCGAUCGCUCAGCUGAGGAGACGUUUCCGUCUUGAUAGGGGAAGUGCAUCAGAUCGUUUCUUCCGCAGUCUCUCAAGUUUUAUCCAAGGAUUGGACUCCAAGAAUAACGUCAAGAUCUGGUUUAACAACAAGGGCUGGCACAGCAUCGGCUCCUUCCUCAAUGUGAUGAAUAACGGCAUUCUGCGGGCGAGUCUGCCAGCAGGAAAGGACCCCACCAAGUUUGGCAUCACAGCCUACAAUCAUCCACUUAACCUGACGAAGGAGCAGCUGUCGCAGGUCGCAUUGAUGACGACAUCGGUAGACGUACUGGUGUCCAUUUGCGUGAUCUUCGCCAUGUCCUUUGUCCCGGCGAGUUUUGUGGUCUUCCUCAUCCAGGAGCGGGUGAACAAGGCCAAACACAUGCAGUUCAUCAGUGGAGUGCAGCCCUUCCUCUACUGGCUGGCCAACUUCGUCUGGGAUAUGUGUAACUACAUCGUUCCGGCCACACUGGUGAUCAUUAUUUUUGUGUGUUUCCAACAAGAAGCCUACGUCUCCUCCACUAAUCUGCCUGUAUUGGCUCUGCUGCUGCUACUUUAUGGAUGGUCUAUCACCCCUCUGAUGUACCCAGCCUCAUUUUUCUUUAAGAUCCCCAGCACAGCCUAUGUGGUGCUGACCAGUGUCAACAUACUGAUAGGCAUCAAUGGGAGUGUGUCCACAUUUGUUCUGGAGUUAUUUGGAAGCAAUGAGAUUGGUGGGAUCAAUGACGUCUUGAAGAACGUCUUCCUCAUCUUUCCCCACUUCUGCCUGGGCAGAGGGCUGAUUGACAUGGUGAAGAAUCAGGCUAUGGCUGAUGCUUUAGAGAGAUUUGGUGAGAACAGAUUCCGCUCUCCUCUGGCCUGGGACAUGGUGGGUAAAAACCUGUUUGCCAUGGCUAUCGAGGGGGUGAUCUUCUUCUGUAUCACCGUGCUCAUUCAGUACCACUUCUGCUUCAAAGUCAGAUCAUCCACCAGCCAUCUGAAGCCUAUCGGAGAAGAAGAUGAAGAUGUGGCCAGAGAGCGACAGAGGAUCCUGAGCGGCGGAGGACAGUCUGACAUCCUCGAGCUCAGACAACUCACCAAAAUUUACAAACGGAAACAGAAGCCGGCAGUGGACCGGCUGUGUGUUGGAAUUCCUCCUGGAGAGUGUUUUGGUUUGCUGGGUGUGAAUGGAGCAGGAAAAACCAGCACCUUCAAGAUGCUGACAGGAGAUUCUGAUGUGACCAGUGGAGAGGCCUACCUGGCUGGAAAGAGUGUGAAUACAGAGAUCGAUGAAGUACAUCAGAACAUGGGCUACUGUCCUCAGUUUGAUGCGAUCAACGACCUGCUGACCGGCAGAGAGCACCUGGAGUUUUACGCCAUCCUGAGAGGGGUGCCCGAGAAGGAAGUCUGUGAGGUGGCGGAGUGGGGCAUCCGGAAGCUGGGUUUGGUGAAGUAUGUGGACAAGUCAGCUGGGAGCUACAGUGGAGGGAACAUGAGGAAACUGUCAACUGCCAUCGCUCUCAUCGGAGGACCGCCCGUGGUGUUUCUGGAUGAACCGACGACAGGCAUGGAUCCGAAAGCGCGCCGCGCUCUUUGGAACGCCAUCCUGAGCAUCGUCAAAGAGGGACGAUCUGUAGUCCUGACCUCUCACAGCAUGGAGGAGUGUGAAGCACUUUGCACCAGAAUGGCCAUCAUGGUCAACGGCAGGUUCCGCUGUCUGGGCAGUGUGCAGCACCUUAAAAACAGGUUUGGUGACGGUUAUACCAUCAUCCUGCGGGUGGCGGGGCCGGACCCGGAUCUGCGGCCGGUGAUGGAGUUCAUCGAACGAGAGCUGCCGGGAAGCACGCUAAAGGAAAAACACCGCAACAUGCUGCAGUACCAGCUCCCCACGUCCCUCACCUCCCUCGCCCGCAUCUUCUCCCUGCUCUCAAAGAACAAGGAGGCGCUCAGCAUAGAGGACUACUCAGUCUCUCAGACCACUUUAGACCAAGUGUUUGUAAACUUUGCCAAGGACCAAAGUGACGAGGACCAUUUGAAAGAUGUCCAUCUUAGCAAGCGGGACGCUGUCGUAGUGGACGUUACUCAGCUGAACUCGUUCCUCAUGGACAACACAACCAGGGAGAGCUGUGUCUGAUUCCUACACAUACCAUCAGUGGGAGCUGCGAUGCUUCUCACACACACACACACACACACACACACACACACACAUGCUCACUCCCCCCCAUACCGAGAGACAUGGACCACUAAAACGUGGGGGGAAAAGACAGACUAUGUUCAUUUUAUUUUUUAUUUCAAUUUUUUUAGUCUUUUUUUAAUUGUUAUCAUUACUCAGUGGACCUGCACUUCAGUGCACAGCCUCUUGAAAAGGCAGAGACUGCAGGUACCGUGACACUGAAACAAUGAAAACUCAAUGCAAAUCAAUGCAAGAAAUAUAUAAACAUAUUUAAAGACGAGAACGUAUUUCUGUGUAGGCUGGAGACUGGUUCUUCUCCCUCACUAGACGACCAGGAAGAAAGAAAAGACUUGAAGUGAGAGCAGGAUUUUUAUUAUUACUGCGCUAGACUGGAAGGCAUGUAGCCCUGCUGCUCACU